GCCACCAUGAGGCUUAUACCCCCCUACCCAGCGGUGGCUCCCGCUCUGCUGGCGCUGCUGUGGCUGUCGGCGGCGCCUGCUUCUGCCGCCGCUGCUUCUGCUCCCAACAUCGUGUUCAUUCUGGCAGACGAUCUGGGUUGGAACGACGUGUCAUGGCACAACGACCAGGUGGUUUCGCCCAACAUGCAGCAGCUGGUGGACACGGGCGUCCAGCUGGAGCAGAGUUACGUGCAGCCUCUGUGCACGCCGUCCCGCUCCGCCUUCCUGACGGGGCUCUACCCCUUCCGCCUCGGCCGCCAGGGCCGACCACUGGGCAUGAAGACACCCACUGGCCUCUCGCUCGACCACACCCUGCUGCCGGAGCGCCUCUCGCACCUCGGCUACGCCACGCACAUGAUCGGAAAGUGGCACCUUGGCUACUGCAACUGGGCCUACACGCCGAUUGAAGGGGGCUUCGACACCCAUUACGGCUAUCUGCUAGGAUCCGAAUACCACUUUAACCACACUAUCAUAGACGGCUAUGACUUCCGUGACCAGAGAGAAGCAGACUUCACAGCGAACGGGACAUACGGCACCCACCUGUUUGCCGACCGCGCCGUCAGGAUCAUCGAGGAACACCAAGGCAAUGACCAACCCUUCUUCCUCUACUUGGCUCUCCAGAACGUCCACUCACCUCUUGAGGUGAGUCCUUUGAAGGAAGGGACAGAAGUUCUGGCAUAUCUGAAUCAUUUUCUAAGCGAGUUCAUGGCACCUGUUGCUAGGCCAAUCCAUUUACUGACUUCCUGGUCAGACAGCCCAGAAUCAUGCACUACACUACCAAGCUACACAGUUGUUGGUGACAUGGAUGUAAUCUUUCCAGCAAUCUUACAUACCUUGUUCCAUACCCAUGCUAAGGGGGUCACAGAGUUAAUUGAGGAGACAUACUGUCUCCAUGACACUACCAUGGUAAGGGAAGUCGAUGCAAAAUGUUGCGCUUUCUGUCUAUCCAAGGUUCCCGACGAGUACCUGGUGCACUACCCGGAUGUCCUCGACGAAAACCGGCGACUGCUGCUGGGGAUGGUGACGGCGCUGGACGAGGCGGUGGGGCGGGUGGUGCAGGCGCUGAAGGACACGGGGCUCUACGACAACUCGGUCAUCGUGUUUUCCUCGGAUAACGGCGGCGUCGGUAUGAAUGGAGAGAGCAACCAGCCUCUGCGAGGCAACAAGGGCUCAGUGUGGGAAGGUGGUACUCGCGCCGCAGGAUUCGUCCACAGUCCCCUCCUGCAAGGGACGCCACGAGUGCACUCUGGCCUCCUGCACAUCACCGACUGGUACAACACGUUCCUGGCCCUCGCAGGGGAGUCCGUCCUGCCUGACAACGACGGCUUCAACCAGUGGGACUCCCUCGUGGACCCUUCUGUCACAUCACCCCGAACCACAUUCAUCUACAACCUUGAUGCUGAAAGUGAAGAAAUGAUACUCGGUGCUAUUAGAUUGCUAAAUCACAAAUUUGUCAUGGGCGAGAGGGAUCUGGUGCGAGGAGGCGAGACAGGACCUUGGCUGUUCAACCUUGAAGAUGACCCCAAUGAAGCGGUGAAUCUGAUCGAAUUCGAGCCUGAAUUGGCAGUGGCUUUGGAACUGCUGCUGCUGGAAGAGCUUCCCAACGUGGUUCCCCGAGACGAGCCACCCAGCGACCCGGCGGGCGACCCGUCCAACUGGGGCGGCGUGUGGACCCCAGGCUGGUGCGACGUUCCCUCGGCGCUGCCGUGCGAGUGAGAAAUGUGGAUACUCGCCUAUACUCUGUGUGCCUCAGUAUUCGAUACAUUCUUCUCUAAUAAAAAAAAUAAGGACAUCCACACACUCCGUUACACUCCAUUUGUUCAUCAGUAAAUGCCAGUAGACACAGUGGAGAAUGGAACAAUCUCUCUUUGACUCUGCCGUCUUGAAGGUUGUCAGGGUUGUCACUUUUUGAAAGUACACUUCAAAAUUCGGGUAAAAAUGUACUAAAAUAAAAUAAAAAUAAACAAUCGAG